AAUUGUUUCAUCGCUAUACAUAUGUAACACGUAUAUCUAAAAAUCACUUUUAUUUUCUGUAGUCCACAUUACAACAUUCUACGCCUGUCUGCCCUCACAUCUCAACUAUUCAAAUGGAACCGCCACACGACCACCACCACCACCACCACCAUCACCACCACCAAGAGCAAUCAAACCUCUCACAACCACCCACAACCUGCGCCAACUGCGGUGGACCCACUUGUUUCCCCCCUCCGCCGAACAUAUCCGCCACCCCUUCUUACAUCCCCAUCCGCUUCCCAGCCGUCAACCUCCCCAAUCCACCCACCAACACCAAAGAGGCCAUCAUCCGUACUCCGGUGCCACAGCCUCAGAAGGUGGACCUCCUUUCCCCUCCCUACCACUUCGCCACCCCUUCCAAGGUAAUCCACUCCCAAGACGACAUCGUUCGGUUCCAUUCCUCUCCCGUUUUUCACAAUUUUCUCGGAUUCGUGGUUUCACUCUCUGAGUCGAUCAAAUCCCGCAAGCUUUCAGAUCCCUGCCAUGUUUCCUCCACCGUCGAAGUUAUCAUUUCCAUUCUCCAGACUCUGAGUGAUUAUGUUGAUGAAAUCCCACCGGCCCCCCAAUCCUCUCGGUAUGGGAACGUUGCGUAUCGCACGUGGCACGAGCGAAUGAGCUCAGAUGCUGAGUCCUUUAUGCUGAAAUUUCUACCGCCGGAUCUUCACGGUGCCACUGUGGAACUCGUGCCUUAUUUCACUGAUAGCUUUGGCAACUCUAGCCGCAUCGAUUACGAUUCAGAUUCACCAUGGGAUAAAUUUUUUACUUAGGACUUACAGAGGAAUUAGAGGUCCUAUCAUCUCUAAAUAAUGAGGAAGAAGCAGGUUUUGAAACAUCUCUUAUAUCCAUCUUUAUCUCUACACUCCAUUUGAGAUUGCCAUCUUAGGAAAAUAUAGAUUUCACAAGUGCUCAACUAAUCACCUAUCAAUCUUCUGUAUCAAAAUUACGAAUAAGUUGCAUGCGUAUGCUCAGAUAUGUGUAUCUAUGAUAUGACUUGUAUUUGUUGGGAAUAAAACAUUUUUUGUUUUUUAUUUCUUUGGUGCUGUUGAUCACCAAAUAAAUAAUGGCCUUGUGAAUGUAGGUAGACUCUAUACUAUUCUUCAUCUUGUUGCUCGUUGCAAAGGGUAACAAUU